AAGGUCAAUUAGUCAGCAAGAACGAUCCUCAAUCCCGUGAUUUCCAAGCAAAUUAUUUCCAUAGAUCUUGGGGACUUGUAGAAUCUGGAAUCGAAGGUUUAACACAAGAUUGCGAUCACAAGAAUCUAAAAUCUCCAAUAACUAAUAGCCUAUGA